UUUUUUUUUUUGUUAUUUAAAUAAAAAAAUUAUAUCACAUAAUAUGGCACCUGUACAAAGUACACAAGUACAUUCAAGCACUUUGGAUAGAAUUAAAAAGUCCUUCGAAGAUAAAGAUUGGAAAUUUUACUGUGCUCUUGUAGCUGGUUUAACCCUUGCAGGUGCCGGUGCUUAUUAUUUGACCUCAAGUAAUAAAAGGAAGAAGCCUGAAUCUAAAAGAGAACCAAUGAGUAAGAAAUCAGUUCAUGAUACCUCAGCUACCACUACUACCACUACCACUACAACUACCACAGAAGAAAUAACCCCGGUAGAAGAAAAAAAGACAACAACUACAGAAACUACAGUUGAAACAACAGAACCUGAUUUUACUACAUUGUCAGAUGAUGAAAUUGUCGCCUUAAGUGAUGAAAAACGUGCUGAAGCUGCUCAAGCACUCAAGACCCAAGGCAAUGCCAAAUUUAGUAGCAAAGCAUACGAAGAAGCUGCUGAACUAUAUACAUUAGCACUCAAGUAUAAGGCAGACCCUAUUUUUUAUUCUAACCGUGCUGCUUGUUAUGCUAACUUGGGCUAUAAUGAUCGUGUUAUUGAAGACUGUAAUGAAGCGCUUCGUUUAGAUCCUGUUUAUGUAAAGGCUUUGAACAGACGUGCUCACGCAUUAGAAAAAAAGGGAGAUUUAGAAAAUUCUCUUUAUGACUUUACUUGUGUUUGUAUUUUGGAUGCUUUUAAGAAUGAAUCAGCUAGUAAGGCUAUGGAGCGUGUGUUGAAGCUUGUUUCUGAAAAAAAGGCAAAGGAAAUCAUGAAGACAAAGAAACCUCGUUUACCUUCUCCUACUUUUGUAAAUGCCUAUCUUGACUCUUUCCGUCCUGUUGUUCAAGAUUUGGCAAGUAUCCCUGAUGAUGAAUCAGGUGAUGCUUAUUAUGCAAAGGCUUACCGUGCCAUCGCAGAAAAGGAUUAUAAUACUGCUUUGGAAGCAUGUGAAAAGGCAGUCGAAUUAGGUUGUUCUCCUGCUUAUCAAGCUUAUGCCUUGAACUUGAUGGGUACUUUUGCUUUCUUGAAAGGAAAUACAACGGAAGCUUUGAGUUAUUUUGAUAAAGCUAUUGAAGCAGAUCCUAAAUUUGUUCAAAGUUAUAUUAAACGUUCUAGUAUUUGUAUGGAGCAAGGUGAUGUGGAUGCCACUUUUAAGCAAUUUGAUGAAGCUAUUGCCAUUAAUCCCAAUGAUCCAGAUAUCUAUUAUCAUAGAGGACAAGUCAAUUAUAUUAGUGGUAAUUAUGAUGCAGCUGCAAAGGACUACAGUGAAAGUAUCAAAUUAGACGAUUCCUUUGUUUAUGCCCAUAUUCAAUUGGGUGUUGUUCAAUACAAGCUUGGUUCCAUUUCUGCUUCCAUGUCCACUUUCAAUAAUACACUCAAGAAGUUUGCUGAUAGUACUGAUGUUCACAACUAUUAUGGUGAACUUUUAGUUGAUCAACAAAAGUUGCCAGAAGCGAUUGAAAUGUUUGGAAAGGCCAUGACAUUGGAUCCUAAGAAUCCUUUGCCUUACAUUAAUAAAGCUAUGUUGAUGUAUCAAGUGAUGGGUAACAUUGAAGAAGCUACUCGAUUAUGUCAAAGUGCUUUAGAAGUAGAUCCUGCUUGUGAUGCCGCUGUUGCAUCAUUAGCACAAAUUUUGCUGGAACAAGGCAAACCUGAAGAGGCUCUCAAGUAUUAUGAAAUGGCAAUUGAUUUAGCUAGAACAGAAGCUGAACUUGAACACGCUAUUUCUUAUGUUGAAGCUACCAAGACUCAAACUCGAUUUGCAAAAGAUUUCCCUGAUGCCGCUGCCAAGUUGAAGGCCUUAAGAGGUUAAUUCCACUCACUCACUCACUCACUCACUCACUAUCAAUCUUUUUUGUUAUUUGUAUAUGUAUUAAAAAUCAAAAUAAUAAUAAUAAUAAUAAUAAAAAAAAGGCAUGUAAAACAUAAACAACUCCAUCUUAUAUACUAAGAAAAA